CUUGGUGAGAUAUUGAUUACUCUGCUGUACAUACCCCGCACGAGCGAACUAACCAUCACGCUCGUGAAAUGCAGAAACCUAAAAGCAAAGGACAUUACUGGAUAUUCAGAUCCUUACGUUAAGAUCUGGUUACAUCGAGGAGAUAAACGAGUUGAGAAGAAAAAAACGCAAGUUCACAAGAAAACCUUAGAUCCCAUUUUCAAUGAGACGUUUCAGUUCGUCGUUUCUUGGGAGAGAAUUCGGGAAACGUCCCUGGUGGUAACUGUCAUGGACUUUGACACCGUGGGCAGGAACGAGGCGAUUGGAAAGGUCAUUCUGUCUUCACGAAGUGGACCCACAGAAACAAAGCACUGGGGAGACAUGCUGAGUAAACCCAGAUCCCCCAUCUCCCAGUGGCAUAGGCUGAAGACUUUCUAGGUCCCCUGGCGAGCCACUUCGGAACCACCCUAGCUUGAACUUCUCGCGAUAUGAAUAAAUAUGUUUAUCUGGUUGUCCACUCCGAUUUGUUUGGUCAAUGAAACAGGACUGUAUUUCUAUAAAUAGCAGACGUCACGUGAAGCUAGGCUUAGGGCAGUACAGUGUAGUCUUACUGAUGUUCUUUCUAUAGGUUUAACAGACCGAUUUCCACCAUCUUAAUUAAAGUAACGUGUCACGUGCUGUUUUUGCUUAACUUUUCUCAUUGGUCUCUACAUUGUUAAGUGUAAUGUAUUCCACAAGGUGGCGCUAGAAUGUCAAACUUUCAGUAAGAAGGAAGUUGGAUUUGUAAGAUUCUGGAUUUUUACUUUUAAUCCAAAUAAGUGUUGUUUUCAUUGUACGUGUGUAGUAACAGUAGCUGUCUAUCAGUCUAGUCCGUAAAUCAGAACUUUACGAUACUGUAAAACAGGACUUUGAGGUGACACCUAGUUCUGUUAGAACAAGUGAUAAAACAGACGUCUAGUUCAUAACAAAAGCUUGUACCGUAUCAACAAACUUUCCGAAAUAAAUGUCUCUCUUAUUUAACUCUC